AUGUCUAAGGACAAAUCCAAAAUGCUUGCUCGGAAAAAUCUUGCGAGGGAUGUGAAGAGGCUCGAAAGAGAAUUCAAAAUCGUCAAAACCGAGAUCAAGAAGAUUAAGGAAAUGCUGAUAGACUUGCUUAGGCAAUUUGGCUGUGAAUAUCAGGGAGUGAAUGAGAUACAGUCGAUAGCGAAAACGGCUUCUAUCCUGACGGCUGCUUUUCUUUUCUCGGGCCCCACUGCCAAGGGUCUAGCGUGA